AUGGCGAGUCCGAGGUACCUUCACGGCGUGGCACUGACGUAUGUGCUCGGGCUUGCUCUGGCGGGCUUCGGGGCGGCCCAGGGCCUCGCAGGGUGCAAGCAUGGGGUCCUGGCGCUGUGGACCUCGCACAUGGCGGCCCUGCUGGCGGUGCGCCUGACCGAGGGCUUCCGCGGGCUCGACUCCGGGGCCCACCGCGGCCCAGUUCGCUGGGAGAUCUGCUACAACAUGACCCUCCUGCGCAUGCUCUCCUACUCACUGGACCUGCACUGGAGGAGGAGCAGGGCUGCAGUCCUGGCUGCUUCCGAGAAGGCCGCUCCCGAGGUUUCCCCCCGGACAGCCAGGCAGCGCGCCGCAACCUCCCUGCCCAGCGCUAAAGACUACGGACUCUGGCCCUACCUGACAUACCUUUUCUACCCGCCACUCUACCUAGCCGGCCCAAUAAUCACCUACCAAGACUUUGGCUGGCAGCGCAGGCGUACAGCGACAAGUGUGCCUCCGCUUCAGGCGGCACUGUAUGCGCUGCGUUUCGCCAGCGACCUGCUGUGUCUGGAGCUGCUGACACACCUGCUCUACUUCAACUCGCUGGCCAAGCAUCGCGUCGGCGCCAGGCUGGGGCCUCAUGGACUGACGCACGGCGCCUUCCCGGUGGCGCUGACGGGGUGGUGGGUCCUCACCUUCAUGUGGCUGAAGUUUGACGUCAUCUGGCGUUUCUUCAGGUUGAUGGCGCUGGUGGAUGGCCUGGAUCCACCCGAGAACAUGCCGCAGUUCUUUGCCAACAACUUUGAUGUGGAGGUCAGAGGGGUUGGCGGGGGAAAGUACCUGUACAUUCCCCUGGGAGGCGCACGGUCGCGGCUCCUGAUCAUCUGGCCGAUCUUCAUGUUUGUGGCCGUCUGGCACGAUCUGGAGUGGCGGCUGCUGGCCUGGUCGUGGAUGGUGUGCCUCGCAUUCCUGCCAGAGCUGCUGCUCAAGGCCUGGGCUGCGAUGCCCCGGCAACAGGGCCUGAAGGCACGCCCCGUGUGGCGCCAUAUCUGCGCAGCUGGCGGAGCAGUGAACAUUGCGGGGCUCAUGGCCGUCAACCUGACAGGUUUGGAGCUCGCGCCGUCCACUUCAUGUGCCCUAACCUCCGCGGGGGUGGCCGCGUCGGCUGCUAGGAGCGUUGCGGCCACAGAUGGGGCACCCACCGAGGUUCCCACCGAGGCAGAGCUGCUGGACAAGGAUGUGCCGACCAGCGCUUCCGUGGCGGAAUUGGGCGUGGCAUACAUUGACCCCGGCAACCUUGCCAGUGACAUCAACCAGGGAGUGCAGGCAGGAUACACCCUCAUCUGGGUCACCCUCUGGUGCACGGUCCUGGGCUUUGUCAUGCAGAUGAUGGCCGCCAAGCUUGGGGUGGCCACGGGGCGCCACCUGGCAGAGCACGCCCGCGAGAACUACCCCAUCUUCCCGCGCAUGGUGCUCUGGGUGCUGGUGGAGCUAGGCGUCAUCGCCUGCGACAUGAUCGAGGUGAUCGGAGGCGCGGUGGCGCUCAACACGCUGAGCAAUGGCGCGGUGCCGCUGUGGGCGGGGGUGCUCAUCACCGCAUGCUCCGCCUUUGGCGUGCUGCUGCUAGAGCGUGCCGGCAUGCGCGUGCUGGAGGCGGUGCUGGUGUCCCUCAUCAUGACCAUGGGCGGCACCUUCUUCUAUAUGUUCUUUUCCACCGACGUGGACUACGUGGAGGCCCUCAAGGGCAUGGUCAUCCCAAGGCUGAAUGGGCACACCAUCCCCUAUGCUGUGGGCGCCAUUGGGGCCAUCAUCAUGCCCCACAACCUCUACCUCCACUCUGGCCUCAUGAUGUCCAGGUCUGACUACAUCGCGGUGGUGUCGGUGCGCCGCGCGCUCCGCUUCGUCAAGGUGGAAAGCGCGAUCGCACUCACUCUGUCCCUCAUGAUCAACAUCUCUAUCAUCUCCGUGUUCUCUGGCGCAUUCUACAACUCCCUGGUCGCGCCCCAAGUCGGGCUGGGAAAUGCCGGAUUCGAGCUGGGCAAGAUGUUUGGGACCGCGAUCAGGAUUAUCUGGGCGGUGGGCCUGCUGGCGGCUGCCAAUGCCUCCACGGUGACCUCCACCUACGCCGGCCAGAUCGUCAUGGACGGCUUCUGGAACUGGAAGAUCUCCAUCUGGUGGCGCACGCUGGCGGUGCGACUCAUCACCCUGGGCCCGACCCUGCUGGUCGCGGUGUUCCUCCGGAACGGGGACGCCAGCUUUGACACGCUCACCGAGUGGCUGAACAUCGUGCAGUCCCUGGUGCUCCCCUUUGUUGUCAUUCCGUUACUGCUGUUCACUUCCUCGGAGAGGAUCAUGGGGGAGCACGCCAGCCGACCCUGGUUCACCGUCGUCAUGAGCAUCUUCACUGCCAUCCUGAUCGGCAUGAAUGGCUACCUGGCGGUCACGUUUGGCCUGAGCGAGCUGCCCAGCGAGGACUGGGCCCGCUUCCUGUUUGCACUGAUCUGCACCGUGUACCUGACCUUCAUGGGCUACCUCAUCGUCGGCGUGGAGAGGUCUGCGCGCUGGUGGGCCAAGUCGACAAGCUUCCUCAAGACGAGGGCGCGUCUCGUUUGUGCCCGGCCCGCAGACAUGAUGGAGGUGCACCUGUGA